UUCUGACAGAGAGAAGGGUUUCAGAGAGGCCCUCCAGAAUUGGCAGCACACAGUCGGUUUCUGAACAGGAAGUCUUGCGCUGCUUCACUUCCGUCUGGCAGGUGACAGCGUAGCACUGUCAGACAUUUUGGAGUUCUGAGCUGGGAACGGUAAGACACACACACAUAGACUUCAUCGUAAACCAUCCGAAAGUUACUGACGCACGCCGACCCGGGAUCGCGGUGAAUCAAAAUAAAGAGGAGAACUGACACCUUGCAGCAAAAAUGACCGACUCCAAGUAUUUCACCACCACCAAGAAAGGAGAGAUCUUCGAGCUGAAGGCAGAGCUGAACAGCGAUAAGAAGGAGAAGAAGAAGGAGGCUGUGAAGAAAGUGAUUGCGUCCAUGACCGUUGGCAAGGAUGUCAGCGCCCUGUUCCCUGAUGUUGUGAACUGCAUGCAGACAGAUAACUUGGAGCUGAAGAAGCUGGUGUAUCUCUAUCUCAUGAACUACGCAAAGAGCCAGCCAGACAUGGCCAUUAUGGCUGUCAACACCUUCGUCAAGGACUGCGAGGACCCCAACCCUCUGAUCCGCGCUCUGGCUGUGCGCACUAUGGGCUGUAUCCGUGUGGAUAAGAUCACAGAGUACCUGUGUGAGCCGCUGCGCAAGUGCCUGAAGGACGAGGACCCCUACGUGAGGAAGACUGCAGCCGUCUGCGUGGCCAAGCUGCACGACAUUAACGCCCAGCUGGUGGAGGAUCAGGGCUUCCUGGACACCCUCAAGGACCUGAUCUCGGACUCCAAUCCCAUGGUAGUGGCAAACGCAGUUGCUGCCCUGUCAGAGAUUGCAGAGUCCCACCCCAACAGCAAUCUGCUGGACCUGAACCCGCAGUCUAUCAACAAGCUGCUGACUGCCCUCAACGAGUGCACAGAGUGGGGCCAGAUCUUCAUCCUCGACUGCCUGGCCAACUACACCCCACGGGAUGACAGGGAGUCCCAGAGCAUCUGUGAGCGUGUGACCCCCCGCCUCUCCCACGCAAACUCUGCCGUCGUGCUGUCUGCCGUCAAGGUGCUGAUGAAGUUCAUGGAGAUGCUGCCAAAGGACCUGGAUUAUUACGGCACGCUGCUGAAGAAACUAGCACCCCCUCUGGUCACCCUGCUGUCUGCAGAGCCAGAGCUGCAGUAUGUGGCCCUCCGUAACAUCAACCUCAUUGUGCAGAAAAGACCAGAGAUCCUGAAGCAUGAGAUGAAAGUAUUCUUUGUGAAGUACAACGAUCCAAUCUACGUCAAACUGGAGAAACUGGACAUUAUGAUACGUUUGGCCUCCCAGGCUAACAUUGCUCAGGUUUUGGCUGAGCUGAAAGAAUAUGCCACAGAGGUGGACGUGGAUUUUGUGAGGAAGGCAGUCCGUGCCAUUGGCAGAUGUGCCAUUAAAGUUGAGCAAUCAGCAGAGCGCUGUGUGAGCACGCUACUUGAUCUCAUACAAACCAAGGUCAACUAUGUGGUGCAAGAAGCCAUCGUGGUCAUUAAGGACAUUUUCCGCAAGUACCCCAACAAGUACGAGAGCGUCAUUGCUACCCUGUGUGAGAACUUGGAUUCCCUGGAUGAGCCCGAGGCCCGGGCUGCUAUGAUUUGGAUCGUGGGAGAAUAUGCUGAGCGCAUUGACAAUGCAGAUGAACUGCUGGAGAGCUUCCUGGAAGGAUUCCAUGAUGAAAGCACACAGGUUCAGCUUCAGUUGCUGACGGCCAUCGUGAAACUUUUCCUCAAGAAACCCACUGAGACGCAGGAACUGGUGCAGCAAGUACUCAGCCUGGCUACACAAGACUCCGAUAACCCUGAUCUGAGGGACCGUGGCUACAUCUACUGGCGCCUGCUCUCCACCGAUCCAGUGGCUGCCAAGGAGGUGGUUCUGGCAGAGAAGCCCCUGAUCUCGGAGGAGACGGACCUCAUCGAGCCCACCCUGCUGGAUGAGCUCAUCUGCCACAUCGGCACCCUGGCCUCCGUCUACCACAAACCCCCCAACGCCUUUGUGGAGGGCAGCCGCGGGGUGCAGCACAAGCGCCUCCCACCCAGGACUGGAUCGAACGAGAGCCCAGAGAGCCCUGAGUUAGCCCAACCCGCUGCAGCCCAGCCUGCCGACCAGCCGCCCGCUGUCAUCCCCUCCCAGGGGGACCUGCUGGGGGACCUGCUCAACCUGGACCUGGGACCACCCACCAGCGGCGGGACUCCCGCCAUCACCUCCGCCAUGCAGAUGGGAGCCAUGGACCUGCUGGGUGGAGGACUCGACAGCCUGAUGGGGGAUGACACAGAAGCGCUUGGUGGUGAUUUAGGAGGAAGUCCAGCGAUUGGAGCCGGGUUUGGAGGUCCUGCAGUAAUGCCGUCCUCCCUCAAUGCCCCAGUAGGGGGUGGUCUCGGGGACCUCUUUGACCUGGGAAGUGGGGUGGGAAUGCCCACUGGAUCCUACGUUGUACCCAAAACUGUGUGGUUGCCUGCCAUGAAAGCCAAAGGUCUCGAGAUCUCUGGAACCUUUGCCCGCCGUAUGGGCACCAUCCAGAUGGAUGUGACCUUCACUAACAAGGCCAUGCAGAUCAUGACAGACUUUGCUAUCCAGUUCAACAGAAACAGUUUUGGACUGUCUCCAGCAGCUCCCCUUCAGCUUGCCACACCCCUGAGUCCCAACCAGACCAUCGAGGUGUCCCUCCCUCUCAGCACAGUGGGGCCUGUCAUGAAGAUGGACCCACUCAACAACCUUCAGGUUGCAGUGAAGAACAAUAUUGAUGUGUUCUACUUCAGCAGCCUCUAUCCCAUUAACAUCCUAUUUGUAGAAGAUGGCAAGAUGGAACGGCAGGUAUUUCUGGCCACCUGGAAAGACAUUCCCAGUGAUAAUGAAGCACAAUUCCAAAUCAAGGACUGCCACCUGAACUCAGAUGCUGUGAGUAACAAGCUCCAAAGUAAUAAUAUCUUUACCAUUGCCAAGAGGAAUGUGGAGGGACAGGACAUGCUUUACCAGUCCAUGAAGCUGACCAAUGGCAUCUGGAUCCUGGCUGAACUGCGCAUCCAGCCAGGCAGCCCCAACUUCACGCUCUCCCUGAAAUGCCGAGCCCCUGAGAUCUCCCAGUUUGUGUUGCAGUCCUACGAGGCAAUGCUGAAAAACUGAGCCAACACUGCAGAACAGCUCCGAGAGGUGCUGUGAGGAGGGGCUGGGGGUUCAUCUGGGAGACCCUGCACGCAACAUCACCACCCAGGACCCCCUUCUCAUUCCCCACCUGGGCAGGACGGGGCUCCAAUACAGAUUCUGUACAAUACAACGUAAAGCAUUUCCUGAAUUUCCACACGUAAUAAUAAAAUGUAAUAAACCUUUGUUAGGGUGAACAACCCCUGAACUCUGCAGCCACACCUCAUAUUGUGUUAAGAAACAGUAAAAAACAAUGACCAGAACUCUUUUAAUAUACACAGUUUCUUGGUAGCUCAUUGCACAUCCACUGCUGCAUGUACUGGACGUUUUAAAGUAACUGGUUUACUUGUGGGUGGAUAAGUGAGGUAUUCACUGACAGUAAAAUUGCCAGCAAUACAGGUAAACAUGCCAGCUGAAGGCUUGGAAUCCUGUUUCCAGAUAGUGGUGUGGGUUCAUAAAGGCUACUAUUGUAACCUUAAGAAUCAGCAUACUCUCUGAGUGACCUGCAGGUUUAUUAAAAUGUAAGCUGCUUCUGCAAAUAAUUGGUGUGCUGCGGUAGCUUUUAUCCAUUUAAUGAACAUCUUCGAUGUUCCCUUCCCAGGAGCAAUCAUUACCCUGGGCUCUUGAUACGCUACCCUGCUUGUUGCAAAGCAUGUCUCAGCAGGCAGAGUUGAAGAUUGUCAUGAAUAUAUUCUAUUUGCAUUGAUCUGCAGGCCCCUAGUGUUAUUGUUGGAGGUUUGGUGUCUUCUGGACCAUUUGGAGAUGCAGUAUUCCUUUUAAUUCCCUUGAAAGCAGUGAUCCCAGAACCCACAAGCCUUGAGUAAUACCCCUGCUUAGAGUAAUGACAAACUAUUUGAACCAUUGCCUUCCCAAUCACCUGAUAUGCAGGACAUGUAUUAGAAACCAGUUGUUGCAAAGCAAAAUCCAAAUACCCUCCCCCCCUUAUCUUAAGCAACAUGCAUUUUUGUUUCUAAAUUGGAAGUUCUUUCUCAAACGGUGUUUGUAGAAUGAGAGCAUUGUUAGUUUCUUUGCAUUUGGAUCUAAUGGUUUUUACACAGGCUGCCUCUUCCCCAGAUAUAGGAUAUACUAUUGCUUUAUCCCAAUACUUCCACACUACACACCAACCCUCUAACCAAGUUACAUCUACCUUGUUAGCACACUCUCAAGUUGGCACACACUCAAGGUCUGAAAGGGAAUGCUGCGUCUUUACUAAUUGAAACACUAAUUGGUUUGGUGCGGCUGACCAAAUAUGCCCAAGUUGAUCCUCCAUUAUUUCCCUAAUGCUCUUUUUUAGAGUCAUUCAUGUGAAAUACUGAGCUGAAACAUCGCCCCCCCUCCCCCCUCCCUCCCCAGCGUGUGUUUGUAAGUGUAUGUGUGAGUGUGGGUGAGCGCAGUGGACUGUGUUUAGUAUUUUCCUUUAAAGCAUUCCAAUUCUUUUCAGUGGGUUUUUGUAUUUUAAGUGUGUUGUAACUUUAUCAAUGGGGCUGAAUAGAAGAGGCUUGGAGCUGAUCUAUCUCUAAAUUAAGGUGCAUAGCAAUUGAUUGUUCAAAAGGGCUAUUGAAUCUUGUCACUGUUAUUCAUAGACCCUUAUGCAGGUAAUCGACAUUCGUAUUCACCAGCAAUCUCAUAAAUCUGAAAGUUGAAUUGCAUGCACCCCUCUUUCCAACAUGUAUUUCAGCUUCUUCUAAAUAAAUACAUAUUUGUUUAUUUUAGAUCAUAAUGACAGCAUUUUAAAUAAAUGGGAUAUCUAUCCAAGUAAGAAGUGGCUUUUGUUUCCACCUUGAGAUGCAUUCAGGGCCCUGUUCUAGACAUAGAGCUUCCAAGACCAGUGCAGAACAUUCACAAGGGCCCCCUGAGAGCUCUUGGCUGCAGAUGUCUGCUCCAAGCCCCAUGUGACAUUGCCCAGACCAGGUCUUGUGUUUUCCAUUACUCCUGUACUUUAGUGUGUGUGUGUGAGCUGCUGCUGUGGGUGACCAUGUUUAGGUGCAGAUCUUACUGCAGCAAAACAUUCUAUAUAAAGUAAAUAAAUAUGAAAAAAGUGAUAUGAGUGACUGGUUACUGUGAAUAAAGAAAAACAAUAUAUUCACAAGA